AGCCCUAUUAGUUACUAAGCAACGAUGCCACCAGGCUCCACGGCGCUGGGAAACUCGGGAGCUGGUGAUCUCUCGGGUUCCCACUUCCACCCGCCUUCCGGAGCCCUCGUAGGCAAUUGUGACCUGGCCCCGCCCCCGGGCCCUCCAGGCCCCCGAUUGGUGGAUGAUUCUCUCCAGACAUCUGAAGAGCUGCCAUGUCUGGGACAUCUUCCUCAGAACAGAAUAAAAACAGCUAUGAAAGCAAACCCCCAAAUCUUCGAAUGUCAGAGAAGAAAUGUUCAUGGGCCUCCUACAUGACCAACUCCCCGACUCUCAUCGUUAUGAUUGGUUUGCCAGCCCGGGGAAAAACCUACGUGUCCAAGAAACUAACACGCUACCUCAACUGGAUUGGAGUGCCCACCAAAGUGUUUAAUCUUGGGGUGUAUCGGCGUGAAGCUGUCAAGUCCUAUAAGUCCUACGACUUCUUUCGGCAUGACAAUGAGGAGGCCAUGAAGAUCCGCAAACAGUGUGCUCUGGUGGCGCUGGAAGACGUUAAGGCGUAUCUCACCGAGGAGAAUGGUCAGAUUGCGGUGUUUGACGCUACCAAUACCACCCGGGAGAGGAGGGAUAUGAUUUUGAAUUUUGCUGAACAGAAUGCCUUCAAGGUGUUCUUUGUGGAAUCUGUCUGUGAUGAUCCUGAUGUCAUUGCUGCCAAUAUUCUGGAGGUUAAGGUGUCCAGCCCUGACUACCCUGAAAGGAACAGGGAGAACGUGAUGGAGGACUUCCUGAAGAGAAUUGAGUGCUACAAAGUUACCUACCGUCCCCUUGACCCAGACAACUAUGACAAGGAUCUUUCUUUCAUCAAGGUGAUAAAUGUGGGCCAGCGAUUUUUAGUCAACAGAGUCCAGGACUACAUCCAGAGCAAGAUAGUCUACUACCUCAUGAAUAUCCAUGUCCAGCCUCGCACCAUUUACCUUUGCCGGCACGGAGAGAGCGAGUUCAAUCUCUUGGGGAAGAUUGGGGGCGACUCUGGCCUCUCGGUACGGGGAAAGCAGUUUGCCCAAGCUCUAAGGAAGUUUCUGGAGGAACAGGAGAUAACAGACCUCAAAGUGUGGACAAGCCAGCUGAAGAGGACCAUACAGACUGCUGAAUCUCUUGGGGUGCCCUAUGAGCAGUGGAAGAUUCUGAAUGAGAUUGAUGCUGGCGUGUGUGAAGAGAUGACCUAUGCGGAGAUUGAGAAGCAGUACCCAGAAGAGUUUGCACUUCGAGAUCAAGAGAAGUAUCUGUAUCGAUAUCCUGGUGGGGAGUCAUACCAGGACCUGGUGCAGCGGCUGGAGCCUGUCAUCAUGGAGCUAGAACGUCAGGGCAAUGUCCUCGUCAUCUCCCACCAGGCUGUCAUGCGCUGCCUUCUGGCCUACUUCUUGGAUAAGGGCGCAGAUGAGCUACCAUACUUGAGAUGCCCUCUCCAUACCAUCUUCAAACUUACUCCUGUGGCCUACGGGUGCAAAGUGGAAACAAUUAAGCUUAACGUGGAGGCCGUGAACACACACCGCGACAAGCCAACUAACAACUUCCCCAAGAACCAAACCCCUGUAAGGAUGAGAAGGAACAGCUUUACGCCUCUGUCCAGUUCGAAUACAAUAAGGCGUCCAAGAAAUUACAGUGUUGGGAGCCGGCCCCUCAAGCCCCUCAGCCCUCUCCGUGCCCUGGACAUGCAAGAAGGGGCCGACUAGCCGAAGACCCAAGUCAGCAUUCCGGUGGUGUGACCGUGUGUUUCCCUCCAGCCCUGGCCUCCUGCCCUUGUCACUAAUCAUCAAGGAGUCAUUUAACUUCCUCCCUCCACCCCAACCCCUGUCACUUCACCAUUAAUCUUAACACAGAACGUGAGGUUAUGUGUUUAUAGGACAACCUUAGCUGUUCUUCUGAAACAUUUUUCCACCAGGGGCAGGUUAGCAAAUUGGGUCUUUCAGGACAGAUUCUCAGAUGGAAUGGUCUGGAGGAGGAGGAAAAAGAUAUAUUCCACUGGGGCUGAGCAUGCCCCACGCUCUUGGUUCUUCUCUGUGUUCCCUGGUGUCUUACUUCACUAAUGUCCUCGUGUGGGUAAAGUGUUGGGGGGAUGGAGGGUGGGUGAGUGGUGGGGGGACAAAGCGUCCAUUCUUCCUUCACCUCUGUCUCUUCAAUGUGUGUUUUCCUCACAGUGCUUACUUGACUGCUUUCCCCUUCCACUUUCAUGUCCCCUCUGGACUGUCCGGUGUAAUGCAUGGCAUUGUGGUGUCUGUCUAGGAAGGAAGGGGUGAUUGGCAAGACACAAGUCUGACCCAGCUGAUGCUUUCUGCAGUGAGUCCAGAUGGAUCUGGACUGGAGAAGUCUUUCCUUUCCUUUCUCCCUUCCUCUCCAGCCAGGUCCUGCAAGGGCCAGCCCAGGCUACAGAACAUCCACAGAAUACUCUGGAGCUUGCAAGUGUACAUAGGGUGAGCGCUCUUGCCUUCUUUCAUGAGAUACAGUCCUAAGUCUUUGAUGCCCUGGGGGAAUCUGGCUCUGAGGAUGUGGGAAAUAUCUUGGCUUUUAUUUUUAACUUAGAGUCAGGCCUGGGUCUUUUGAGGUCUGCAGAGUGGGGUUUUGGAGAGCAGGGUGGGCUGCAGCUCAUGCGGGACUCUCGGAGACCAGUCACAUCUUUUCUCCCAUGGUUCCCGGGUUCUUUGCCAAUCACAGCAACUUUUCCUGCCAAAGUCAGAAUCCUCUGGGGCGGUUUAGAAGGGCAGUUAAAUUCAGGAGUCACCACUGAUGUUUGAAUUGCUCAAGGCAAGAGGCAGAGAAGAGUUCACUAAAACGGCUUAUUGUCACAUAAUUUCACACCCUGUUUAAGAAGAAAGACACGUCAAAACAAAAUAGUUUAUACGUUAGCAUUUAUUUCCCAAAUGUGACAAAGCUUGAUGAUGAAUUUAGUCUCUCUCAUUGGAGUGUUCUUUUGUUCAUAAGGAGAAACCAUCUCAUCUUGAAGUUCAGAGAAGUCCUCGGAACCCUGUGGGAUCUAGCUCGUAACUGUUUAUAUUUAUCUAGUCACUUAUGUAAUUUCAUUUUCUUUAGGGUUAAACAGAAAAUGUUUAGCGAAGGAAUUCUUAGCCCCUUGAUGACCAUGUUGGCUUAUCCUCUUUUCCAAUUUUGCAUGCAAAAUGUGUGAAAUAUGUAUGUUUUUCUGAGAGGCAAGUUUAGAGUUCUCAUGGGAUUUUAAAAAGAGAUAGGUGACUCCCCACCUUAAAGUUAUCGGCUUGUCCGCUUCCAUGGUAACGGAAGACCUUUUGCUGUGGUUCUCAUCCAGGAGAAUUCCUUAGAAUCCCCUUUAGAGUUGUUGAAUCAUAAACAUGCCUGUGUCCACCUUGCGCCUAAUACUGACUCACAAUCUCUGGGAUCCUGGUCUGGACAUGCAUGUAAUUACAUAGCUCCCCGGAUAAUUCUGACAUAGCCCAGGUUAAGAACUCCGCCUUAGGAAGUUAGGUGGAAAAAUACUGGGAUAGUAGUUCCUCAGACAAAAGUGUCAGCCUAGGAAUUCUGAAUUUCUCAGUCCUGAAAGGACAGCUCUUUGGGUUUGAUGUUUGAGCAGGUCAUAGUAUCAAAUGAUGUAACCCUCUGGAAGGCACGCUGCUGUGUUUUAGAGGGUUAUUCUAGGUUCUAGUCCCCUCUUUAAUCCUUUCCAUUGCUGAGCGAUGUGGAAGAAAUCACUGAAUUAAAUAAUUGUCCCUAGAUAGCAGCUGGGGAUUUUAAGCAUCCUUGAGAGAGUUGCAGACUCCGCAGGCUGAUAAAGUUGUCAUCACAGGCAAUAACUCCCUGACCCCGAGUCUUUUCCUUGUAUGUCCCAAGUAGGAUACCAAAGCCAGCUUCUAAAGGCUGCUUACCUAGAUUCAUCUCAAAAUUAUGUCGAAGAUGUAAAGUAACCUGCUAUUCCUGUUUAGUGGUUAUAUAACGUGUACUGAGUGUCUUUGUGGAGCUUUGGUCUGGUGGGGGCAGGGAUAGGAGAAAGACACACAGAAGUAGAAGGAAAGGUUAUCACCCAGAGGAAGGUUAUUUUAAGAGACAUGACGUAAUUUGUAACAAAUGAACGUUUGCAAUAUAGCAACACUCUGAGUCUAGAAGUGCUCUGGCCAGGCUCAGUGGCUCACGCCUGUAAUCCCAGCACUUUGGGAGGCCGAGACGUGUGGAUCACGAGGUUAAGAGAUUGAGACCAUCCUGGUCAACAUGGUGAAACCCCGUCUCUACUAAAAAUACAAAAAAAUUAGCUGGGCAUGGUGGCGCGUGCCUGUAAUCCCAGCUACUCAGGAGGCUGAGGCAGGAGAAUUGCCUGAACCCAGGAGGCGUAGGUUGUGGUGAGCCGAGAUCGUGCCACUACACUCUAGCCUGGGAUCGCUUCUCCUGACUUUUCUGUUGUCCUAUGGCUAUGAGACUUCAAGGAUUGGGGGAUGGGGAUGCCUCCACUAUCACUAGUGUGAGAAGGAGAUAUGGCUGGGGAGGCAUGUUUGGCACUUUUACGAGGUUGCGUUGUCUACAUUUGCUCCCAGUUAUGUAGCCCAAAUGGGCAUUCAGUCUUUUCUUCUGCUGUGAGGUGAGAGUAAUUCAGAACUAAUGAAUGAGAAGAGGGAGCACUUUGAUCCACAGAUUGGAUUAACACUGUAUCUACUCUUAGCAAGAGGACACUUGUCUAACAAGCUAGCAUUGUGUUAAUCUGUCAGUAGCCCCGGUGUUAGAGACAGGUCACUGGGAUGUUCACUCUGGCUCUUAGCCUGACAUUAUUUCCCCACUCUCCCCCGUUUCAGUUUGCUUUCCUCAGAAGAGGAGCUGAGGGGGGUCUUAUUAUCCUCAGAUAGAACAUGAGAGAUUAGAAUCUGACAAGCAAGGGCUUUAGCAUCCUUUGGUUUCUAAAGCAAGAUCCCUUGAGAGAAGUCCAGGAGGAAGACGCCAGGCAAAUGUAGAAUGGAAAAGAACUUUUACUCCACAUUUUAAAGAAGUUUCUUCUCUACUUCUCAUCUUUUCUCCCCUGGUCUUCUUACUUGAAUGCAUGUUGUAGUAUAUACACAUUGCUAUGAUUGUGUCUAUCAUAAGUCCUACAAAAUAAAAAUGGACUUAAAAGUACUCUCUGCUGAGGCCAUAGGUUUUAUGUUAUGAGAAAUAGAUAAAGACAUUAGCAUUUAAUCUACUGGAAUAAGCUGGUGGCUGCGGCUUAUUACCUGUAGUCCCAGAUACUUGGGAGGCUGAGGUGGGAGGAUCACCCGAGCCCAGGUGUUUGAGACCAGCCUGAGCAACAUAGUGAGACCUCACCUCUGAAAAAUUUUUUAAAAAUUUACUUGUCUAAAGAGGGGAAAGGGAAAUUAUUCUGUUUUCUUAUUCUUGCUUCAAGUCUAUGACAGAUUUGCAACAGAAAUCUAAAGCAGAUUUAGAGAACCUGCUUCUCUUCUUAUCUCCUAAUCCCUAAAUUGGAAUUUAGCUCUUAUCUGUAUUGUUUUUGUUUCAGUAAAGGGAUAAUUUUAUACUGAGUUGGAAAGUGGAAUAAGAAAAGCUUCUUAAACCUUGCAUUGUGCUAGGAAUCUGCCCUAUAGCUUUGCUUCUGGUGUUUUGCUGUUGUUGUUAUUGUUUGUUUCUGAAGAAGUUGGAGGUAAGGGUCCAAUAUGUUUGUACCCCUAGACUGAAUGGCUGAGUAUUCCAUAUGAGGAUCUGCGUAAUCCUCUUUGCAACCCACAUUUGAUCUUCAGAGACACUGGCAUUUUUAAGAACCAUGAUAUAGCUGUUUGGGAAUAAAUUCAUCUACGUUACCUUUUUUUUUGUGAGCAGGAGAUCUUAAUUGACAGAAACUCCUUGGUGGUUAGGGUGGCCAAUGGCAAGGGAAAAAGUAUCCAGUAAUCAGAAGAACUGCAUCUGGGUUAUGUAGUCUUAUGCACAUUUCAUUGUCUUUGCCAAGCCCAGAAGCCAUAUUGUGUUCAUUGUCAAGAAAUUUGAUAGAUUUACACAGCUUUUCUAGUAUGGAUUUUGACUUAUUAAAAAGAUAUAACUACCUGAACAACAUGGGUUGCAACAUUGGUGGGUCACCCCCAAGGUAACACAGAUAUCAGAAGCGUGUCUAGGGAUUUAAUGUAGAUCCAUACUGUCUAGGAGAUGGUUUUUAGUUGGAUCUCUGUGCUGACCGACGAGCAGACUUUAGCGUCCAUGUGCAGACUGAAAGACUCUAGUGGUGUCUAUAUGUUGGCCAACUGAUAAACUAGUAGGAUCUGUGUGCUGACAGACUCUAGUAGUGUCUGUGUGAUGAUUGAAUGAGAAACUCUAGUAGAGUCUGUAUGUUGACUGACAGACUCUAGUGUCUCUGUGUUGACUGAUUGAUACUCUAGUGGUGUCUGUAUGUCAACUGACUGACAGACUCUAGUAGUGUCUGUGCUGACUGAUGGAACUAGUAACAUCUGGGUAUUGCCUGACUAUAGAGUCUGUAAGCUGACAGUCACCGUCUGCCUGCUGUCUGAUUGCACCCAUUGAAGUGUAUGUGUAUUAUUGUAAUUCUCUAUUAAAUGUGUCUAACAAAGGAACUAAGCACUCCAGAUGUUUUCUUUAUAGGGGAGUUCUGUACACUAUUAUUUUAAAUAGACAUUUCUAGUAUAGUAGUGGCCAAAUUCUCCUUACUUUGUAAAAGAUAAAGGUUGCCCAUCACUGUUACGGUAUUUUGUGAACUCAGCUAAAGGAAUGCCUGUUCAGAGCCUGUGGUUGUUACCCUUACUUGAGGUCAUCUCAUCCACUCCCCUGCUUUAGGCCAGGACUUCACUUUUGCUGUUUCUGAAGCUUCUGUGUCCCCAGCUUACCCUGUUCUGGAACGCUGCAUUCUGUUGGAGAGGGCUGCUGUUUUUAGUCAGCCAUGCAUUUGGCUUUUACACUGAAUCUAAUAAAUAAAAAUGAGAAGGAAAUUUGGCAUUCAGAAAUUGAUUUUAAGGGUUAGCAAAAGUAUUUUUUUCCAGUAAGCCUUUCGCUGGAUAUCUGUGACCAAUGUUUACCUACUCAAUGUUUUUGUAUCUGAAUUGCUUAUGUACAUUUUUUAUUAUGUUGGCGUAACAGGAAGAUCAACUUAUGCUGGUAUGGUGAUGGUUUUUCUAUGGCCAAAGCAAAGGGCGGACCAAAUACAUGGUGCCCUUUGGGAAGGGAAAUCGUGUGGGGCUGAGCACCUCUGGGUUGAAUGGGAAUGGGUCAGAUUGGGAAGCCUAGGAAAUAGAGUUCUACUGCAGAUUUCCUAGGCACUGCUCUGUUGAAAAUAGGAACAUAGGUCUUUAGCAACAUUCUGAUUUAAUCAGGUGUCACUUAUGACAAAGGGUGCCACUUAGCUUCAUUUAAGGUGUUUUAAACUGUAUUUGAAAUGUGUUUUUGUGCGUGUGUGUGUAGAAUGGGUAAAUAAAAUUCUUGAGUAACUUGAACCUA